AUGGACAGCACUGCCUACCCCAGCGUAGUGAACGGGGCUAGAAAAGGUGCCGUAAACAAAUGCCGGUAUCACGUCCUUUGCGCGCUGACCGUGGCACGCAGACGCAAAACGCAACAAAACAAGAAACCAUACUCUCACCCUUCCCUCUCCUCCCCCCGUUGCCCUACUUCCCAGUCUGGUAGGGUGCGUCCGCUCACUCUGGAAGCUUGAGAGGUUCGUUUCCUUUUAGAUAAUCUGAGGAGCAACCAACCGGAACCGAGGACGGUGCUAGUGGUUCGGGAACUGGCGCGCUACAACGUGGACAACGCUGCAUUCAGCGAGACCCGCUUCUACGAACAAGGUCAACAGGAGGAGGGUGGUGCCUGCUACACCUUCUUCUGGAGCGGUCGCCCCAAGGCAGAGCGACGGGACGCGGACGUUGCCUCUGCCAUCCGAAGCAACAUCGUGGGACGACUGCCUGUCUGCCGCAGGACAUCAACGAUCGCCUGAUAAGCCUCCGCCUGCCUCUCCGGGGAGGCAAAUUCGCCAGCAUCGUCGGCGUCUACGCUGCCCCGAUGACCAGCCCUGACAUGGUAAGGGACAAGUUCUACGAGGACCUUCGCGCCCUCCUAGCGAUUGUGCCGAAAGCGGAUAAGUUGAUUGUCCUUGGUGAUUUCAACGCCCGCGUCGGCACAGACCAUGCUGCCUGAAUAGGAGUGUUGGAUCCCCAUGGUUUUGACGGCUCCAAUGACAAUGACCUGCUCCUCCUGCGAACCUUGCAGAAUACCGCUUCACACUGACCAGCAUAUUUCGCCUUCUGACUUGGGAAAAGACAACCAGUAGACACCCUCGGUAGUGACACUGGCACCAGCUGAACUAUGCCCUUGUCCGGAGGCGAGACCAGCGGGAAGUGCUGGCGACAAAGGCGAUCCCGGGGUGUCGACGGAUAUGCCGACUAACGCCACGUCAACUCCAAGAUGAGGAGUCGCCUGAAGCCUUACAGGAGACCUCAAGGUAAGCGACCCCCGGGUAAGUUGAACAUUGCUUUAUUGUCGUUGCCUGCCCACCAUCUCCAAUUCAACAAUGAACUAGCCCAAAGUCUAGCCAACCUUCCAGUCGCCGUCGCGGCCGCCGACAAGAAUGCCUCCGCAGAGAACCGAUGGUGUCAGCUGAGGGACACGUUUCAGUCGACGGCUCUGGCUGUCUUCGGUCGCGCACGUCGCCACCAUUAGGACUGGUUCGACGACAGUGACGCCGCCACCAGCAACUCACUCGCCGAAAAGAGCAGACCGCACAACGCCUACGUCAAUCGCCCUACUGACGACAACGAAGCAGUUUUCUAUUGUAGUCACCACCUUGUGCAAAUGCGACUGCGAGAGAUGCAGGAGGCCUUGAUGGCUCGCAAGGCCGAGAAGACCCAAGGAUACGCAAAUCGCAAAGAAUGGAGGAACUUCUUAGUCACCAUUAAGGCUGUCUACAGUCCCACAGCCAAAGGCACCGCUCCUCUCCCCAGUGCCAACGGCAGUACCCAACUCACUGAACAGACAAAAAUUCUGCAUCGAUGGACCGAACACUUCAGAGGCGUCCUCAAUCGUCCAUCCAUCAUCUCCGACGCUGCCAUCACCCAUCUGCCUCAAGUGGAGACAAACGCACUCUCUACACGAAACCAUGAAGGCCGUACAGCAGCUCUCCAGCAGGAAGGCGACCGAAUCGGACGUCUGCGAAACACCGUCUGGAACCGUCACGGUCUCCACCUCAGCACCAAGCUCUAG